CUAGGGUUCUUGCUGAGGGAAUGGGUUUGAAGGUGGCUGAGUUCAUCUGUCCGACUGAGGGAUGUUGGUUACUGGAUAAGCUUGGGGAAUGGUUCCCUCCUGAGGUCUGUCGUGCUAUCCGUGGGAUUCCUCUGGCCAGAAGGGAGAUUGAUGACAAGUUGGUCUGGCAUGAGGCAAGUGAUGGGAUUUUCUCUUUGAAAUCUGCUAAUCACCUGGCUGUUCGCCUAGACCAGCAAGCUGGUGGUUGGCGCCCGUUGGUAUGUUGGAUGGACCAGGGAAGCUGGAAGCGGGUGUGGAACUUGGCUAUUCCGCCUAAGUUGAAGGUGUUUCUAUGGCAAGUUCUACAUAGGUUCCCCCCCACAAUGGAAGCUCUCAUUGGCAGGAAGGUGGAUGUUCAUCCUCGUUGCCCGAUGUGCUGGGCUGCGCCAGAAACUAUGGAACAUCUAUUUUUCGACUGCUGUGUGGCUCGUGCUUUGUGAGAUUUAGCGGGGUUAGAGCAUGUGGGCCAGGGUUUGCCUCGGCUUACUUUUCCUCUCUUCCUCAAGAACCUUCUGGCCAUCGUUAGGAACCUUCCCAGGUCAUGGCAAUUGUAGCGGCACUCUGGCGGAUAUGGAAGUCUCAAAACUGGGUAGCCUUUGAAGGAAAAUAGUUUGGAAUACCAGCCCUUCUUCGACAAUAUCACCAGCAAGUGAGGGAGUGGGAUUCGAUUCCAAAGGAGGUUGAGGGGUUUUCCCCUAUGCGGGUCACCUCGGAUGGGCCACCUGGUAGCCAAAAUCAUCUCAUUUGUAGGUGGGAUGGAGCGAUGAGGUCAGGGUCUCAUUCGGCCGGAGGGAUGGUGCUGCUGAGUCCGGACGGGGCGGUUGUCGAUGCGAGGGGGUGGGUUUCCGGAGGUUGAUGAACCAAUGCUGGUAGAGGUGUUGGCCCUCAGGGAAGCAAUCCUCUGGUGUCAGAGCUGAGGCUGUCUCUUGGUUUGUUUUGAGGGGGAUGCGAAGGUGGUGGUGGAUAGACUUCUUUUGGCUCCGGUGAGUGAUAGUACGGCAGGUGCUAUUUUCUGAGAGGUGUUGCUCUACUUGGCUGAGAAUGCAGGGUUUAGUGUUCGGUUCGUUGGUCGGCGUAGUAACAGGGUAGCCCAGUUGGUGGCUAGAAAUGCCCUUUCUUUGUACCCGAUUGCGAGUCGUUCUUUUGAUUUUGUAGCCUGGUUAAGGCAGGCGGUGUAAUGAUCUAUUUUUUUAGUAUCAAUAUAUGAUUAUCUUUUGU